GCGCCGGCUGGCCGGCCCUGCGCUGGGCGGCCUUAAAGGGGACUGGCGCCUUGUGGCCGGCCAAGUGAAAAUCCCAGGCCGGCGAAGGGAAGUCUCUCUAUCUCUCUGGCCGUCUGCCUUGGGGUCCUGCAAGCGGUGCGGGGACUGUGGCCGAAAGGCGGGGCGGCCCUCCCCAACGGGAGGAGCCUCUUUCGAACCCGGCUCCCGGGAAAUGCCCAGCAGGGAGCUGGAUCCCCUGCGUUAGGAUCGGGAACACUUGAGCGCCUGGCCAGCCUUGCUCCGGCGGAGGGGACGCCGAUGAUGUACACCAUUACCAAGGGCCCGAGCAAGCUAGCCACGCAGAGGAGGACAGGUCCCACGCAGCAGGUGGAGAGCAAAUUGGUCGAUCUGAAAUGCCGGCGGCCGCAGCAGCAACAGCAGCAGCAACAGCAGCCGGAGCUGGGCUCGUGGCCCCUUGCAAGGAAACUCCCACUUGUUUAUUUCCAUUUUGAAUGGGUUCUGCAGCCUGAAAAAUGUUUGAAAACCCCUAAAGUUACUAAAGAGGAAUCACAUGACAAACCACCACCACCCCGGGACACUGCAACCCGUCGUAACUACGAGUCAGUUGCCCAACGCUUGAAUUUCGAUCGGGACCACAAGGGAUGCUGCAACAUUCCUUGGCAACAAGUGGAACAGCAACUGGACAGUCGAGAGCAGGGAGACGGUCGAUCUGGCCCAGUACAAUACACAGAGAAAACACCCACUCCUGAAUUGAAAGCCCUCUUAGCCAACAUUAUUGCAUCCCUAAAAGACAAUAGCGAAGACAUACAGUAUGCUGGUAUUGAACUCAACGAUGAGAUUGACACUGAGGUAACUUUGUGGGAAGAAGUAUAUCUUGGCAUUACUUUGGGGUAA